AUGGACUACUCGCCAAUCUCCACCACCUCCACCUCUCCCCUCUCCUCCCACCGGGACUCGAGGAUCUCCCAUGGCGGCUCCUCCUCCAAGCGGUCGUCUCGCAUCGAGAAGCCGCGCACCGUCCACGGCAGCCCCACCGGCCUCGAGAGACGGAAAACCACCUCGGCCGCGAAGCGCUACGUCACGCUGGAGGACCGCUGGAACAUGAUGUUCGGCUCGGGCGACGAGGAGAUGCAAGACAGCACCACUACGAGCGGAUUCUCGUCAUCGAACCGUCCCGUUAGCUGGCACCCGUCAUCCUCCAACUACUUCAACUCGAGUCCAGCCAAUGACCUCGCCAGCCAAGACGGUGGCUACGGUUUCCCGGAUCAGGCGUCAGCAUACCCUAGUCCCGCUUCUGGCUACGCCUCAAACUCGGCAUUGGCCUACCUCUCGGCCUUGGCGCAACGCAAACAAGAGACCUUUCCCCUUGCAACCCUCGACAACGAUACGUCGAUGGACACCUCCCCCUUCCCGGACUACCACGAGCCCUCUGCUCAAAUUACAUCAUUUCCGGACAUGACCUCUCAGCAAGACUGGACUUCUGCCCAAGCUUCCACUUGCCACCCCCAACCCCAGGCCGGCUCAACAGAAGACCCGGAAGCCGAUGCCGACUGCAUGGAAGACGAUUCGCCCAAGGAGUCGGGCAACGUGCUCGUCGGCAUGGGUCUCUACGACCCGCCCAGCUACGAGUCGAUCUUGACGUCGGGGCUGGGCAAGGGGCUCAAGCUCGAAGAGACGUGGCAGCCCCCGUCGGAGAUGGAAGACGACGACGACGACGACGAGGACGACGACGACGACAGCUCGGACGAGGAGAGCAUCGAGGAGGCGCCGGAGCCGGCCAAGGCGGGCGAGGAGGCGGAGCGGCAAUGCUGGACGCUGCAGGCGGCAGCGCAAGCGAUGCCGGCAGCCGAUCUCUCAGGACAGAGCUUCCUGCCCGAGGACGAAGAAACGUAUACGAACGAAUGGUGGUACCAGCAGCUGAAGCGGCCCACGGCACCGGUUGCUGGACUGGGCUACGGCUGGCUGCAAUCUCAGUACUAG